AUGGAUGUUAUUGGCCCAAUUGAGCCAGCCGCCUCUAAUGGACAUAGAUUUAUUUUUGUUUCCAUUGAUUACUUCACCAAGUGGGUGGAAGCAAACUCUUAUAAAUCUGUGACGAAGAAGGUAGUAGCUGAUUUCAUUCGUAACAACUUGAUAUGUCGAUUUGGACUACCUGAUUCCAUUAUUACAGACAAUGGUGCAAACCUCAAUAGUUAUUUGAUGAAGGAGAUAUGUGAGCAAUUCAAGAUUACUCACCGAAAUUCGACUGCUUAUCGUCCUCAAAUGAAUGGAGCCGUAGAAGCUGCCAAUAAGAACAUCAAAAAGAUUUUGAGAAAGAUUAUUGAUAAUCACAGAGGUUGGCAUGAGAUGUUACCAUAUGCUUUGUUGGGAUACCGAACAACCGUUAGAACAUCAAUCGGAGCAACUCCAUACUUGCUAGUAUAUGGGACAGAAGCAGUGAUACCUGCUAAAGUUGAAAUACCUUCAUUGAGGAUCAUUCAAGAAGUUGAACUGAGCAAUGCUGAUUGGAGAAUGAUUCGUGCUUUCAACAAAAAAGUCAGAUCUCGCACAUUUGAAGAAGGACAAUUGGUCCUCAAACGGAUCUUCCCCCAUCAAGAUGAGUAUAAGGGAAAAUUUGCACCAAAUUGGCAAGGACCGUACAUGGUUCGUAAAGUGUUAUCUAGAGGUACUUUGAUCCUGUCAGGGAUGGAUGGCCAAGAGUGGCCAAAACCAAUCAACUCAGAUGCUGUCAAGAGAUACUACGUUUACAAGGAUAUCAAGAUAAUCAUGUUCAACAAAUAUGGGAAAGUCAGAACAGCAAAAGCGCCCAAGACUAACAUUUCUUUAUGCAGGAAAAGGCAUUGA